UCGGUCGGGGGUCGGGGGGUGGAGUGGUGGGGCUGCGCUUGGUUCUGCCGCCGCCGCUGCUGCUGCCGCCGCCGCCGCCAUGAUUGGGCAGAAGACCCUGCACUCCUUCUUCUCCCCGAGCGCCCCCAGGAAGCGGCGCUCGUGCGCCGAGCUGCCGGCGGAGCCCGGCACGGAGGCGGUGGCGGAGGAGGGCCAGGAUGCCUCGGCCAGCCCACCCAAGAAAAGCCGGCCCGGAGGCGAGCCUGCAGCCCCCUCGUCUCCCUUGAGCCCCGAGCAGUUGGAGAGGAUCCAGAAAAACAAGGAAGCCGCCCUGCUCCGCCUCGCCUCCCGCAACGUCCCGGGGGGCUUCGGGGAAAGCUGGAAGCGGCCCCUUAGCGCGGAAUUCAGCAAACCCUAUUUCAUGAAGCUAAUGGAAUUUGUUGCAGAAGAAAGGAAACGUCAUACGGUCUAUCCACCUCCAGACCAAGUCUUCACCUGGACACAGCUGUGUGAAAUUAGAGAUGUAAAAGUUGUCAUCUUGGGGCAGGACCCGUAUCACGGACCCAAUCAAGCUCAUGGACUCAGCUUCAGUGUUCAGAGGCCUGUUCCACCCCCUCCGAGCUUGGAAAAUAUUUAUAAAGAGUUGUCCACAGACAUAGAAGACUUUGCCCAUCCUGGUCAUGGAGAUUUGUCUGGCUGGGCCAGACAGGGCGUCCUCCUCCUCAAUGCUGUGCUUACGGUCCGGGCCCACCAGGCCAACUCCCAUAAGGAGAGAGGGUGGGAGCAGUUCACCGAUGCCGUGGUGUCCUGGCUGAAUAAGAACCUGAAUGGCCUCGUCUUCAUGCUCUGGGGGGCUUAUGCCCAGAAGAAAGGCAUCUCCAUCGAUAGGAAGCGCCACCAUGUGCUGCAGACGGCCCACCCCUCUCCACUGUCUGUCCAUAGAGGGUUCUUCGGAUGCAGGCAUUUCUCCAAGACCAAUGAGUUACUGAAGAAGUCUGGCAAGAAGCCCGUCGAUUGGAAAGCUCUUUGAAGACGUUGGAGCCAAGCUGGAGGAGGAGUCCAUCCACCUUGGCUACGAAAAGCUCUUUGAUGAGGGCUUGGGGUGGGGGUGGGGGGUUGUAUCAGUUGAAAACUAAUCGACGAGGCUGGUGCUGGGGUAACCGUUUGGCGCCCUGAGCUUGGGACAGGGAACCUAGAGGGCUUGCCCAGAAAAUUGGGGUGCAGACUGGCCCCAUGGCUGGCUCUUCCUAAUGAUGUUCCUCCAUUGUAUUAUUCUCCCAUUACCUUUGUGGUUGAUGAAAAAAAGAAUGCCCCUUUUUUCUAUGGGGCAAAAAGGGGUUUAGUUUGCAUUUGAUAUAUGGGUGCAGGUGGUCUACUUGCUCAGCCGUCAGAGGAUGGCUUGUCAUUUUAUUAAGAUGUAUUUUAAUUCAUUGCGAUCAGGAAGGGAAACAAAUUAUUCUGAACAGCCAGAAGGUUCUUUUACACUCCAGAGGAGUCUGCCGAAGGAAAGUUGCACCUGGAAGCUGAAGGGAAUAGGAGAGAGAACGGAACACGUGAUUCCGGAAGUUUUAUUCAGCUCUCUGUGGUGAGGGAAUCUGAGGGUAAAGAGGGAGCCGCCUCCUGCUCGGUUGAUGAUGAUGUUCCCUUCGCUGGAAUUGGGUACAAAGAGUUCUGAGGUGGGAGAAGAGAAAGGGUUCCCUGAUUUUCUUUUAACUAAGAUCCCGAAUUUGAGAUGUUUGCUACUGAGCAUUUCAAAACGUCAGCCACAAGUUGGCCAAGAAAAGUGGUUUUUUUCCUGGUCCCUUUUUCCAUUGAGAUGAUAGAAUCUCGAUGGUGAAGUUCUUGGGCAGUUCCAGAAUGCAAAUCUGCCUUUAAAGGAAGGAACUUUGCAGGGCUGUUGCAUGCUGGGAGUAGUCAAGCCUCCGUAGGAAACUUGCCAGUGAUUGAAUGCGCUCUUCUGUCAUUUUGGGGGUUAAAAGCUAGGAAUUCGAGGAUCUGGUUGAAGAGGGAAGUGGAUUUUUUUUUUCUUUUGGGGAAAAUUGUUCUUUAUUAUAAGCUUGUCUCACAGUUGGGACUUUUUCAAAGCAGUGCCAGUUAAAUGAGAUGUCAUUUUUAUGGUUUUACAUUUGAUUUUACAUUUUUUGGUCAUUUGAAAAUCAUUUAUGCAAAACAGAUUUUAGUUUUUUAUUAUUUUUGUCUGGUGUGUGUGUGUGUGUGUGUGUGUGUGCAAGAAUCAUCCAUUAAUCUUGUUAAAACCAGCUGUGGCUUACAGUGCUGUUGGCCGAAUUUUGAUAAUAAAAGAUGAUUUAGUCUGUUUCCUGAG